CCCCGCCAGCCCGGACACGGGACCCCGCACCCCGGGACCCUGCCCCAUCCCUGGGCCUCAGCGGGAGCAGCAUCUGCCCAGGAACGGCCCCCACCCCGCCCGAGCCCGGCGCCACCCGGCGCCCCUUUCCCGGGCGAGACUUGCAGGACUUCCUGGACCGGACUUCGCUCCCACCCUCCGGGCCUGGGUGCAGGGGCGGGUGUUGCCUUCUCCUGGGAGACCGGAGACCGCGGUCAGCCAUAGGAUUCGGGGCUCGGUCGCCCUCCCGCUGAGCUCGGGCCGAGGGUGCCCCUGGGGGAGCCCUGGCCGUGUCCUGCACCACCUUCCAGAGCUGGCCGGCUGCCCCGCUCAGCUGCACUGCCCUUCCUGCUUCCAGGCUCUGAAAGGCUCCUGGCAGCUCCUGUGGGCUGCUGGCCUGGGCUCUGGCCAGGAAGGUGGCCCUGAGACCAUCUGCUCAGUGGGCAGACAACUGAGGCGCUGGGGGUGGGGUGCUGGGGGUCUCCAGAGGGACAUGUGUCUUCCUGGGGCCUGGCCUGGCUGCCCCCACACCUGAGACGGGUGAGCUCACCUCUGAGGGCUCCACCCCAUGCCAGGCAUUCAGCCCCACCCUUGGGGCCUGCAGGGCCUCAGACCCACUGAGUCCAGUCAGCCUGGCUGGUGGACAGGGCAGGGCGUGCUGACCCUUUUUGCCCAGAGGUGAAGGACCCAGUCAGGAUGGAAUGAGCCAAGUCCAGGGAGACAACCCCAGCCCCACCUCUGGGCAGGUGAAAAUGGACGACUUGGAGUCGGACUUCAACCUGAAGGUCGUCCUGGUCAGUUUCAAGCAGUGUCUCAACGAGAAGGAGGAGGUGCUGCUGGAGCACUACCUCGCCGGCUGGCGGGGGCUGGUCAGGUUCCUGAACAGCCUGGGCGCCAUCUUCUCCUUCAUCUCCAAGGACGUGGUGACGAAGCUGCAGGUGAUGGAGCGCCUGUGCAGCGGGCCCCAGCGGGACCACUACAGCAGCCUGCAGUCCAUGGUGGCCUACGAGGUGGGCAACCAGAUGGUGGACCUGGAGCGCCGCUCCCGCCACCCGGACUCGGGCUGCCGCACGGUGCUUCGGCUGCACCGGGCGCUGCGCUGGCUGCAGCUCUUCCUGGAGGGCCUGCGCACCAGCCCCGAGGACGCGCGCACCGCCGUGCUCUGCACCGACUCCUACAACGCCUCGCUGGCCGCCUACCACCCCUGGAUUGUCCGCCGGGCCGUCACCGUGGCCUUCUGCACGCUCCCCACGCGCAAGGUCUUCCUGGAGGCCAUGAACGUGGGGUCCACUGAGCAAGCCGUGGCCAUGCUGGGCGAGGCCCUGCCCUUCAUCGAGCACGUGUACGACAUCUCGCAGAAGCUCUACGCCGAGCACGCCCUGCUGGACCUGCCCUAGGAGCCAGCGGCCCGGCUCCCCUGCCCCGGAGCCGGGCUGGGCAGCCAGGGCCCCUCAGUCCCACCGUGGAGCUUUCUGGGGGCGCCCGGAGCAGAAACGCCGCUGUUCCCCGCCCGCGGAGCUUGUGGGGAGCCAUGGGCCUGGCGCAGCCCCCGUGGGCAGCAGACGGAGAAGGCGGGCACCGGCCAGCCGGGUGGGCGGGUGAAGGGCAGAAGGAGGGAAGGUGGGGCAGGAUCGGAGUUCACACCAAAGCCCAAGAGGCUGCCCUCACCUGUGAGUCCAGUCUGCGAAGCCGGAGAGUCCCAGGUCCCCGGAGAGCAGACUCCUCACCCGCCGACGAUCAGCGAGUGUGCUGCUCGGCCGUCAGGGUCCUGGUGUCGGUGGCAGGUGGGCUGCCUGUGGCCCCUCUAACCAGGCUGGCUGUCCCUGGGGCAGGGAGGGAGCCUGGGCAGCAUUAGCACUGCGUCUCGUUCCCUGCCCCCCAUCUCCUUAGCCGGGGCCCAUAUACCCUCCACAAGGCAGCGGGAGCACAGGCUGCCCUGCCUCCAGCUCUGCACGGCUGCAGCCUCCUACAACCACGCUGCUCCCCCAGGCAGCUGCUUGUGAGUCUGCACAGCUCAGCCCGGGAGCCCCCGCCUGCUGGGCCCGCUGGCCUCCCUGGCACCCAGCACUGCUGCAUCCCCUCUCCCUGCCCCGUGCUGCC